AUGACAAUGAAGGCGAGUAACCCACACACACACACCCGCCCCCCACACACCCCCCACACACACACACACCCGCCCACCACGCCCCACACCACACACCCUCCCACACACACCCCCCGCCCACACACACACCCUCCCACACACACCCCCACACCACACACCCCUCCCCCACACACCCGCCAACACACACACACCCUCACACACCACACCCUCCCACACACACACACCCUCCCCACACACACCUUCCCAAACACACAUCCGCCACACACACCCCCCACCACACACACACCCUCCCACAUACACACCCUCCCACAUACACACCCCCCCCACAUACACACCUCCCACACACACACCCCGUCCACACACACACACCCCGCCCACACACAACACCCGCCCCCACAUACACACCCGCCCACACCCACACACCCCCCACCCCACACACAUGCCCACACCCACCACCCCCACAUACACCACCCGCCCACAUACACACCCGCCCCCACAUACACACCCUCCCACACACACACCCUCCCACACACACACACACACCCGCCCACACACAUCCGCCCGCCCACACACAUCCGCCCGCCCACACACUCCCGCCCCACACACACACACCGCCCACACACACACACACACACACGCCCACCACCACACACACCUCCCAUACACACCACACCCAAAUUUGAACCAUCUGUCAAUGGCAUUCCACAAUCGUUGCUAGGGAAGAUAGAAGACGCUGCAAAGGCCGUGAAGUCACUUACCAGGAAUCAUAAGGCAGAGAAACGACUAGUGAUGUUGAAGAGAGAUCAUAGCAUCAAGAAAAUCGUCCGGUCAAAGUUUGUAACCGAGGAGAAGCCAGCUCGACCGAUAGAUUCUGUUAUUCAACGAGUUCUGGACAGCUACCAGUCCUGCAUUGCUCAAGGGGAUGUGGUUCCCGAGUGGCUCAUGGUCACCAUUCAGAAGGGCCGCGUCCUCAAAAUGGACCGAAAUACUGACGUUAAGAACCUCACUGACAAGAUCACCAACAUUGUCAAGGGCAAGCAGUGA